AUGGUGAGGUACACUGGGAAAAGCACCGAAACUGUGCAUAUUCCUGCAAAGCCCAUACCAAUUGGGUACAAGGUAUGGGUAGUUGCUGACUCAGGAUACUUUCUUCGAUGGUCCUUUCAUGUAAAGGGUAGUGGCCCCGUCGGAUACGACGCAUCUUUAUACCCAGAACUAGCUCCAACACAAGGAAUUGUUAUCGAUCUCCUUAGUCGACUGCCAGCUCCUCCAUCUACAAGUCACGGCUAUCACUGCUUUAUGGACAAUCUUUUUAGCACACCUGAACUAUUCGAAUUCUUGAGGUACCAAGGUACUGCUGCUACAGGUACUACGCGUCUUGGGAGGAUUGAUAGCCGCAAGAUGGCAGAGCUAAAGACUGAAGAUAGAUCCAAGGAUGUUGUCGCAUGGGGUACUCUCUACGUAAGGAAGCAUAAGACUAAAGACGUCAUGCAGUUUGCUUUUAAGGACAAUGCAUUAGUACUUGCUAUAAGUACACGCUUUACUGGAUUCGAGCCUUCGAUAUGGAGACUACGUAGACGACCUGGGAAAACGUCCACGAGUGCUAAAACUGCAAGAGUACCCUUCGAAGGCGAACCAACAAAGAUGCUACAGAUCCCACGUCUUAUUGAUGAGUAUAACCAUCACAUGAAUGGUGUUGACAGCGGUGACCAGUUGCGAGCCGAGUUCGAGCCACCUAGGAGAAUACAGCGUGGUGGGCAUCAAGCAUUGAUGUACAUGUUUCUCUUAGAGGUAGCUGUCACGAAUUCCUUCUUACUACAACGAGAAGGAUGGCCGAAAACCUCGAGGCUUAGAUGCAAGGACCAAACGGCUUUUCGUCUAGCUUUGUGCAAGGAGCUGCUUCUCCAGUACGGGAAACAAGUCGCUCUGCAAAAUUCACAGGCGUCUUGCAUCCCUGAGGCCAUUCCUAUACAAAAUGCAGGUCCAACCUCUGCCGUCCAGGCGAUGGAUACCGUGUUACGGGAUUGCGCAAAGCUGAACUCGGAACGUGGCAAGAUUAGAGAUAAAGAUCCGAACAUAGGCAAAAUCAGAAAACAGAACAGCUUGAUUCGGGAAUACGCCGACGAGAUUGCUGGGUCAACCUUUGAUGACGCAGUGAAGAAAGUUAAUCUGGAGAGCGCACAUUUCGUGUGCAAGGAUAUGCAAGUUCGGUAUAAUGAAUCGAUAUACUGGGAUAUUAUCCAGCGUCGCGCGCACGAUUUGGACCCGAACAAGUUGCAGACACCGAAAGGUCCCCCGGAUGGCUUUUCAGUCGCAGAGAAGGAUGCGGCGACAGAAUUAUCAACGGCACUCGGUCUGGGAGGCAGCCCUCCCAGUCAAAGGAAGUACCGCAGGCAUUGGAAAAAUCUCGCAAAUUGGCGAAAGUCGGGUGUUGAUAUGAUUCUGUUCUAUCGCACAACACAGUUUGAUGAAUUUUGCCUACAUUACUCCGAAACGGCGAAUAUGCCUCUAGACACGAAAGUGCUCGAGUUGGAGCAGAGCUAUGGCUGUCACAUCAAGCAACUUGAGGAGCGCGUGAUGAAAGAGGCCCAGGGUGAUAUGACCGGGAGCAUAUGGCUGCACCAGCCAUCAAUCAUGGAGAAGAUAGAGAUUCCAGAAGAACGUUGGAACAACGUCAACAACCCGUGGCUUUCAGAUGCGGAAGAGAGUAAGUACCGAUCGAGUCAUGGGGCAUUUCAGGCGCUGGAUGGUAAGCAAAGAGGAGAGAAUGGCGAAAAUUCGGACCAAUCUGUCUUCAUCAGCCUCAUUCCUAGACCUGAAGAGCUUGUUCAUGUCUGCCCUAUUGUUACCAUCCAUAAAGGAGACUAUUUAGGAAUUUUCUCGGGAAACAUUCGAUACUCGGAUGUCUUCGACAAAAAGUGCGGCGUUCGUGGACCAACGAAGAAUCUUUGGUUAGACUACAGUCAGGCCACCGGCGUGCUAAACCAGAUGAAAGUAUCGGCACCACAGGGGACCGAGAAUGUGCGUCUCGAAUGGGAACUUAUUGACUUUUCGGUGGCAUCAAAGUGUCACCAAGCGUGGAGGGUUGCAGUUCGUGCUCUCAGGACGAUUGAGCCGUUUGAAGAGCUUGUCCGGGCCGCUGGUCAUACGGAGCAAUAUCUGAUGCAUCAGGAGCCCGCUAACGCAAGAAAAGGCUUUUUAUCGGAGGGAUAA